AUGUCAUCUAAUAAAAGUAAAAGGAAAGAUAAUAAUUCAACAUUUCAACAGAUGUUGAAUAGAACAUUUAAUGAUGUUCGAAAGUCUGGUGAUUAUUGUGGUAGUGGUCGUUUACCAGAUGUUCAUGAUCCUAAAGUAAUGAUAAAUGGUAUACAAGAACUUAUUAAAUUUCCAUUAGUAUCAUCACAAGUAAAAUUAAUUAUUGAAAAAUGUUCAUUAGCACCAUUUGGUAGACAAGAUAAAACAAUAUUAGAUACAUCAAUUCGUCAUACAUGGCAAUUAGAUCCAUCAUCAUUUAUAAUAACAAAUUCCGAAUGGAACAUUUAUACAUUAAAUAAUUUAAAAUCAAAAAUUGUUUCUGAUUUAGGUUUACAUAAUGAUUGGAUUAAAAAUGAUUUAAUUGAUUUACAAUUAUAUAAAUUCUUAUUAUAUGAAAAAGAUAGUUUUUUUAAAGUACAUCGUGAUAGUGAAAAAGUAGAUGGAAUGUUUGGUACAUUAGUUAUUAUUUUACCAUCACAAUAUAAGGGAGGAGAAUUUGUUAUUAAACAUAAUAAUCAAGAAAAAAUAUUUGAUUAUUCGUCAACAAAAUAUAAAUGUGAUUAUUAUUAUUUAGUUUUUUAUGCUGAUUGUGAACAUGAAAUUCUUCCAAUAACAGAUGGUUAUCGUUUAUCAUUAAUUUAUAAUAUUGUCGUUAAUAAAGAAAAAUUAAAUUCAUAUUCACAAAUACCAUCUUCUCCUUUAAAUGAAAAAUAUAUUCAAAAUAUUUGUCAAGCUUUAAUAAAAUGGUCUAAAACUAUGAAUAGUCCAUCAAAAUUAAUUAUUCCUUUAAAACAUAAAUAUACAAAAGCAAAUAUGUUACCAAAUUUAUUAAAAAGUAAAGAUCAUACAAUUGCUAAUUUAUUAAAAUGUUCAAUAGAAGAAUUAAACAAAAAUGAUUUAAAUCAAAAAUAUUUAUUAUAUUGUGGAAUGUUAUAUUAUAAAAUUCGAAAAACUGAACAAACUGAUAAUUCAAAUAAUUCACUAGAGGAAACAAUAGGAGAUACAGGUGUUGAAAAUUUAAAAAUUCUAUAUGAAAUAAAUGAUAAUUAUUUUCAAGAAAUAUGUGAAAAAUUUCAUAUGCCUAGAACAUCUAUUAUUUCAGUUGAUGAAACAGAAUUUAUAAAUAAAGAACCAGAAUGGAAAUCAUUAAAACCAUUCAAAAUUGCUGAAGAAGAAACAGGUAAAUUUUUUUUUAUAAUUUAACAAUGUUCUUGAAAAUUCUAAAUAGUUUAAAACUUAUCUUAAACAUUGUAGAAUAAUUGCAAUAUAAUCUAUUCAAUUUAGAAUUUAUUUUGAAAAUGUACUGCAGUUGUUUCUAUUAAUAUAACACAAAAAAAUUCAGAUAAUAUCUUAGUGGUUAAGACUCGAGAGAAUACGCAAAACUUAUAAGAUAAACAUCUAUUCUAUUGUCUAAUUUUGACUAUAGAAAAAAAAAAUGAUGAAACCAUUAUUUAUUCCGAAAUUUGAAAUAUGUUAUAAAAUUCU